AAUCUGUGUCUUUAUGUUAUUCGUAUGUAAUUAUUAUGUGCAUUAUGGAAAAACCGGACGACUCAUUAAUCUAGUACCAGGACCACUAUGUUAUCCAAUUAUUGGAAGUGUAUACAUAAUAUUUGGUUCGCGAGAAGUACUAUGGAAGCGUUUAAUCACUCUUUCUAAUAAGUACUAUCCCAUUUGCAAAAAUUGGUUAUUCUUUAUACCCGUUGUAUCCAUCCGUCAUCCAGAUGAUCUAAAGACGAUAUUAAGGAACCCGAAACAUAUAAAUAAGAGUUUUAUUUAUGCUAAUCUCAAACCUUGGCUCGGAACUAGUAUUUUCCUUAGUGAAGAAACUACUAUGGGCACUUCUCUAAAAGAUCUCGAUGAGUUCCAGCAACAGUAUCGAAAAGCAAUUCAUCAAAUCAGCGAGCUUUUUAUUUAUAGAGCAACAAGACAAUGGCUGCAAUUUGAUUGGAUAUUCUCAUUGACGUCAAAAGGCAGAGAACAAGCGAAGAUUCUAAAAAUAUUGCAUGGAUUUACUGAACGAAUUAUUGCCGAAAGAAAACUUUAUCAUGAACGAACUAAUGGUCAAUAUUUGAAAAACUUUGACAAUAAUAUAUCAGUAGAAGAAGAUGAUGUAAAAUUGACUGGAACACAAAGGAAGCAGCUUGCAAUGUUGGACCUUCGCAUAGCGGCACAUCGUGAAGGUGUCAUGACUGAUUUAGAGAUUAAACAGGAAGUUGACGCUAUUAUGUUUGGGGGCCAUGACACUAUAGCGUCAAGUUUAAGCUUCAUUUUAGCAUUAUUAGCUGAACACAAGGACAUUCAGGAUCGUGUCAGAAACGAAGUCGAUAUUGUUAUGCAAGAGAAUGAAAAUAAAUUAACUAUGAAAUUUUUGCAUCAACUAUCAUAUUUAGAAAGAUGCAUAAAAGAAGCUUUGCGCUUGCAUAGUGCCGUAUUUUUCAUAUCACGCCUAUGUGGAGAAGAUGUAAAAUUGC